AGUCGGUGUGCUCGUUCACAUUUUCAAACCAAUCGCGCUCUUCGGUCAUUUUCAAACCAACUCCCCCUCCCCCACAUUUGUCAUGCAAAAUACCCACUCCACGCUUUCGCUUUGCCUCGUGGCCCUGUUUGCAUGACAAGUUCUGGUAGUCCAAAUACCACUAUAUUCCAGUGCCAAUUUGUCAUGCAAAACCGGCAUUCUUUCUGAUGCUUGUGUUGCCGUUGGUUCAUGCUAUACAGAUGAUGGGGAGGGGGAGUUGUGCACUGUUAUAGGCUAUGCGAAGCGGGCCGGCAAGCGCAAGCAGGUGGUGAUGCAGCGCUACCAAAAACUGGGUCGGGACUACGGUUCUUGUCACGUGCGGAACAAGAAAGCCACGGCCGCCGGCGCCGCGGCCUCCGCCGCUGGCUUCGGGUCCAUGAUGUUGAACGCGACUGGAGUGGUGCAGGCGGUCCGCCGCACGACGCCGAAAGCCUCCACGACCUCUGUCGACGCCGGCGCUGACCAGGCGAAGAAGCCCUUCCUGGCUCGCCGCCCUCGCAACACGGGCGAGGAACUAGAGGACGAAGCCGAGAAGAGCUCGACCUCCACCACUUCCACUCAUUCCGACCACAGGAAGAGGCCCUUCCUUGCUCGGCGCGGGCAGACGGCUCCCUCCGACAGCACCUCUGCAGCACCGGCGGAAGUGGAUGUGGACGGCAAUGUAGAAGUUCUUGCUCCCAGCAAUCGGCGAGAAGGGGAAAGCGCCAAUUUUCUGCAGAAGACGCUGCACAGGUCGACCGCGUCUUCGAGCGAGGCGGACGAAGACCAGAAGCUGCGGAAGUGGGUUUCUGAUCUCGCACGUGACAAGGAAUAUGUGCGGAAAAUUCAUGUUGCCACCGAGAAAUUGCUUGACGCAGUUUAUUUUUUUGAAGCUGCCAGCUCCGCCAUCAUCCGGGAGAUCCCGGCCGUCGAGGAGAAAGCCGGACCUCACGAGGCCGUGCCAAGCCUGAACGAUCUCGAGACGUGGCUUGACAAAGCAAGGCAAGAGCUUAAAAGCGAAAUUAGCAAAGUCAGCGAACCGCUCGCCGCCCUCGAAACCUUGUUAGGCCAAUUGAGCCUGGACGUAUUUGGUGCGCAGCAAGAUGAGCAGAGCGGCGAACGCUCCGUGUGGGGCACCGGGUUCCCGACACUUGCAUUCACUCGGAGCACUCUUUGGGGCCCGCUCCGAGUGCAGGGUGAAACGACCGCUGCAGAUUUCAGGAAAUGGCUGGGAGAUGUGCAUCAAAUGCUAAAUGAGUUUUGGUCAGACCACCCGGUGGGCAGUCAACAUGAAUCCGCGCGAGAUAACUUCAUCUCCUCGCUCGCUCAUGUUGCCGACGCCGCGGACCCUGUCGCGGGGCGUGCGCCGGGAGUAGUGCUCGUUCACAUUUUCAAACCAAUCGCGCACAGUAACUGUGAAUCGCACGACACGACAUUCCCAAACGACCAAUUUCGUUGCUAUUCGGUUCUUAUCAUGAGAAGUGUGCUACGCGGUGAGGUUCACUUUAAUCGGUUUCAUCUUCCUCGUUCUUGCAGUGGCCGCGGCAAAAUUGGCGCAGCUCCUCGGUAUUAAAGCGCAAAGAAAACUCGGGAGGCUCGUACUACUGCUCUUCGCCUUUUUU